AUGGCAAAGCAUGACUACGUCCGGCGAGACUCCAUUCUCACCCCGAGCGACCGGAGUGAAUCUCCACCGCCAGCUUACUCGCCCUGUCCGGUAGGAUCCAGCUCCUCGAGCCGUCCUUCACCCUCAGAGCAGACUCCCCUGCUCCAGACCAAGAUCCAAAUAAGACAAGUCCACAUCAACAUCCCAAGACCGUCAUACACGCGUAUCGGAGAGUGGUUCAUAGUGAUUUUAGUUUUCGUCUUGUUUUUCGGCCUCCUUGCUACGUUUAUCUAUUUAAUCCCGACCAUUUUUGGUUUCAUCAAGGGCAUAUUCGUAGCCCCACCCCCUCCUAUUCACGCCAUUGCUAUUAUAGGGGCCGGACCAGCUGGCAUAUGUGCGGCUCAGGAUUUAUACCACAAGGCUAAUGCUCGGGGCAUCCAUGUCAACAUAACUAUAUUCGAGUCCGCCCCCUUAAUCGGAGGCCAACUAGCUCUGAACAGUUCCACCGGCAGUCAAGUCUUUCCUUACGAUGACCCUACGCAGGACCCUAUCAUCGCCGAAGACAUCGCCGGAACCGGCUUAUUAUGGGGUAACCCGCUGUUUUCGAGGACAUCGGAGAAGACGCUCGGAGACAAGGUCCAGACAUCCGAGGCGGGUAGUCAACGGGUCAGCUACUUCAACGGCGACCGCGUCAUCGCGCAGACCACUCGUCCCUACACCAAAACAUCAUUCACCGACUGGGCGGGGUUAAUAUUCCAAUACGGCAGCUCCGUCUGGUCCGCCGGCGCCAUGGCUAAACAAGGCGCCGAACUAGAAGACCGCCUCGUAGACGUACCCCUAGUGCCGGAUCUCGCGCAACUCUUGAUUUCUCUAGGCAUAUACGACUACGCGAAGAAGUCCACGGGAAACGAACUUAACGACCGCGGCAUCGCCGGCGGCUACGUACCCGAAGUCCUAGCGCCGGAGGUCGGCCGCGUGUACUCGCAGAAUGUAGGAGAUAUCAGUGCCCUAGCACUGAUGCUCGCUUCGGGCAUAGAAGAUACUGCGAAUGCGUAUGUGGGUGGUGAACUCCUCGACAGGCUAGAGAUGAUCGUUAGUGCGGUCGGCGCAAACGUCCGAGAGUCGACGGAAGUCCACGGCGUCAAGUACGCACAGAUCAACGAGGACGAGUCCGCUUGGCUUGUACAAUAUGCAACCCCAUCAGGCCGUCUGCAAGCCGAAGCAUUUGACAAAGUCAUCAUUGCCGCCCCGAAUUUCGACUUAUACAGCGCUGCUUCCGCCGAAGACGUCGAGGCCGCUUCGAUCCUGACAUAUCGCACAGCGUACGUUGCGUUCUUCACGGUGCCGAGACGAAUCGAUGCCUACGGCUAUGUAAACCAAGUCCUAUUCCUCGAGAACGCCCUUGGAGGCGUCAGGGAACUAGCGUUCGUGAAAGAUAUUGUUCGAAUUGAUGACGACGACAGUAGUACCGUUGAAUACCUGUACCGUGCCCUGGCGGACAGCGAUGCCGUGGAGCAGCUGGAACAGCUGAAUCUGGGGAUCACUUGGUGGUAUCAGGAGAAGCUUGAAAAUGCCUACCCCUAUAUGUACCCAUCUAGCCGAUUUCCACCAUUUAAACUAUCCGACAAAGGCCUAUGGUGGACGUCGGCCAUCCAUACGAUCGCGAGCACAGUAGAUACGAGUUGUCUAGCUGGAAGGAUAGUUGCAGAACAGCUUAUUAACGAUUUGAAGAGAUAA